ACUGGACCCUUCGCACCAGCAGUUCGAGAGCCAACUGACGGCGCUGAAGAAGGAGGUCCCCAUCCUGGUGGGCGUGAGACACAUCUUGGACUUGGAACCUCGACCGAAGUACCUGGAGCUCGAGGAGGUAGCUGCAGGGGUCAGGGCCUUGCACCGACAUGACAUGACCUUUGACCUGCUCCUGAGACCCCCGCUGCUGGAGGGGGCGACGGUGCCAGCCGAGUGCCCGAAGCGAGGCUGGUGGUGGAUCACCUGGCCAAACCCUACAUCAAGGACCGUCAGCUGGACCCGUGGCGCCAGGACAUCGCCGCCCUCGCACGCUAUCCCAAUGUCUACUGCAAGCUCUCGAGCAUGGUGACUGAGGCGGACUGCGAGAAGUGGAAACCAGAGGAUCUUCGUCCGUAUGUAGAGCACAUGAUAGCCGUGUUCGGAUGCGAUCGUCUUAUGUACGGUUCAGACUGGCCUGUGUGUCACCUUGCUAGAGCGGACUACAACACCGUAUUUUCCACUCUGCGCGGACUCCUGGGCCACCUGCCGGAGCCACAGCUGGAAAAGAUCUUCUGCAGCAACGCCAGGAAUUUCUACAAAGUUUAGAGCGCGUCUGGUUGAGUUAUUGCCUGGAGGCGGGCGAAGAUUUUGGGUUCUGGGUCUUUUUCCCGUUUUUCUUUUUUUUUCUUUCUUUCUUUUUCUUUUCUUUUUUCUCAUAUUUUUUGUUUCUUCAGCUUCUUUUCUUUUCGAUUUUUUCUUUUCUGUUUCUUCUUUCUCUUCUUCUUCAUUCUUCUUUAUUUGUUCUUCUUUUCUCUUCUCCAUUUUCUUCCUCAUUUGUUCUUUUCUCCUUCUUUGUCUUUUACCCCUUUGUCCUCUCACCUCCUCCUCCUCCUCCUUCCCUCUUUCCUUAAGUCUCUCUCUUCUUCUUAAAGAGCAAUUGAAUGUAAACAGAAUAUUCAACACUGUGAUAUGAUUAUGUACAAUAAUCUGGAGGACAUCUGGCAAAAUAAUUCUUAUCUUAUAUAAUGUAUAUAAACAUUCUGUUGAACGAGAA